AUGGUGGAGCGAGGGAACCCCAGUGCCAAGAAGAAACCUGCUGAGAAAGCUCGCCCACGCUGGCGUCAGGGCACUGCGAAGCGGGAUACUUUUCCAUGGAUCAACAGCCAAAUCAUCACGGUUUCAGAGUCUGGAAGUCUGAUGGAGCUCUCUCAGACUUGCCAGGCGUACACAUCGCAGAUGAAUUUGGUCAACAUCUCCACAGCGUUUCACCGAAUAGCGCGGCUCUGGACCAGCAACGAGGAUCAGGAAGCUGCGAUGAUGGCGCAAAGCGUGGUGGAGGGCUUAAUCCAGCAAGCCAAUACAGUCUUAGCGAGGGCCAGUGCCAGCGGGACUAAACCUUCGUCACAGGCAUUGGCGAACAUCACUUGGGCCAUGGCAACGUUGAAUAUUAUUGAUGAGCCGUUGCUCAAGGCGAGCCUGGAGCAGCUGCGCUCGGCCAUGGAGCGAGUGGCUGACCAAAUGAGAGACAAGUAUGACAUGAGCAUCGCCGCGGCCUUCUACUCCCCGAAACUGAAUUUCACCGUUGCCUCGGGUUACACCGAUGCAGGUUUGGGCAUGGGCAACAAGACCCGCUUGGCCAAAGGGGAUGACCUCUAUGUCUGGGGCUCUACCACGAAGAUGUUCACUGCUCCAGCGGUGCUGCAGCUGGUGGAGCAGGGCAAGGUGCAACUGGAUGACCCCAUCGCGGCCCACAUCGAUCCCACGUUGUGGGCGCUGAAUCACAGCAAACUGGAGCAACACUUCGGAGCUGCCAUCGACCAGGUGCAGAUUCAGCAUUUGUUGCACAUGACCAGUGGCAUCCAAGACUACGACGGGGAGGCCUUUUCCAAGGCGCAAUUCGCGAACCGUUCCAAGGCCUUCGGGCCUGUAGAGAUCAUUGGCAAAUUCGUCAGUCCAGAGUUGCAAUCCACACCUGGAACGAAACAGAUGUAUUGCAGCACCAACUACAUCCUGUUGGGUCUUGUCCUGGCUACCCACUACCACCAGCCCGACAGCCCUUGGUCAUGGCAACAGUACGACCAAUUCACCGUGAUCCCACAGGCUUUGCAAAAAGCCUUCCAGCAUUCGAAGUUUGUGAUGUCUGGUCCCUGCAGCGAUUUCACUGUUGUGCACGGCUUCAUGGAGUUCUAUCCAUCAGCUCAGUUGCCGAAACAAGACGUCUGGGAUGUGAGCUGUUUGGGUGGUUGGACUGCAGGGAACUACCUGGGCUCGGUGGCAGAUGUGGCGAGAUUUACCUAUGAGCUCUAUAAUACCAAGAAACCUACCAUUCUCUCAGCAUCCAGUCAAGCCCUCUUGACGAACUUCAGCACGAUGAGUGGAGGUAUGAUGAAGUUCUACGGCAUGGGCACCUUCAACUUGGACUGGAGCAUUGGGAGUGGUGCUGCAUAUGGCCAUGUGGGAGACACCUAUGGCUAUCAAUCGCAGACCACCUAUGUUCCGGAAGAUGACUUUGUGAUUACUGUGGCCACCAACGUGGAAACCACGAAGCAGGCGCAGCCCGCAGACUUCACCUGCUUGGCCUACCACGCGCUGAAGGCGGCCAUGAAGGGCACCGCGGUGCCACAUUGUGCCAUGAUUAUCCCGCAACGGUUUAUUGGGAGAUGCGUCUGUCUGCCUGAACUGAUUGCGAUCGCGACUCCAGCUCAGAGUCAGGUGGAGACCUUUAAGCCUUUUGAGUUAUCCACCAUCCUCUGGUCUUUUGGCAAGAUGAAUUUGGCCAAUCCGGAGCUUUGUGGCUGUGCCGCGCAACUCUUCGAGGCCGCCGCCUCGGUGGUGCCAAGAUCUCUGGAGGAAUUUACACUCCGAUGUCUGGUCACCAUCACAUGGGCUUUUGCAGCUUUUAGGCACAAAGAAGAGCACUUGUUUCAGGCCAUUGGUGACCACCUGAUCUCCCAGGUCCAUACUGCGAACUGUGGUGAACUGGCGAACAUUGCCUGGGCGUAUGGUCUUCUCCAGGUGCACCACGAGAAGUUAUUUCAGGAGGUGGCGCGAAGGGCCAACGUCCGGUUGCAAGAUUUUAAGCAGCAGGAGAUUGCCACCAUCAUUUGGGGCUUCGCCGCCAGCGACUUCCUGCCGGCGGCCUUUUUUGGAAAUGCCGCCCUGGCAGCGCAACGUCUGGCCUUAACACCGCAGCAAACCACCAAUAUCCUGUGGGCGCUGACGCGGCGAAGAUGCAAACAGACCUCCUUGGCUACAACGGUUCUGGCCCUGUUGCCAGCUGCCAUGAAGCAGAUCGAAAGGUUCAACAUGCCUGAGAUCGCCAUUUGUUCGAUGGCAGCCGCCAAGGUGGUCAAGCACAUCGAGAGCAAUGGCAAGUCGGGUCAAAAGGUCUCCAGUGCCACGAGUGCCGUGGACUUUUGCGUCAAGGCCAUGCAACAGGCAUUGAGCCGGCUGAACGAGCUCUCCAACGUGAUGUUGGUGAAUCUGGCUGCGUCCUUCUUGAUCGUGGGGUGUCCAGGAUCAGUGGUUCUACUUGCAGCAGCGGGAAGAGAGGCGCUUCACAGACUUCAAGUGCUGGAAAACCCGGUGCUUCUGCACCUCAUUAGGGUCUUUUCCGUGGAUCUCACCGCCUUGCAGCCUCCGGCUCUGCUGGAAGGCGCCUGCCAGGGCAUGUUUCGGGCGCUCUUCGCGGAGGCUGCCCGGCGCAUGGACUCCUUCAAGCCCAGGGAGAUGCAGAGUCUUUCGGUGCUCUGUGCCCAGCCCUUGGGUCUGGAGAAUGCGGGCGACAUGAGCGCGGGAGAUCUGAGGAGUUGUUGCUUUGCACUGGCCACCACAGGCGGCCCAGCGCAUCAGCCCCUGACACUUUUGGAUCAGUUCUUGGAGGAAGACCAGGAGAUCUUUUGGGAUCCAGAUCCUGUGGAGGCGCCAGUCGCAAGACGUGCGCCUGCCAGUGGUUCUGUGAACUUUCAGCCUGCGAUGCCAGCCAGCGUGCCAUUUGUACAGCCUAUGGUGGGUUGGACGCCCUUGGAAGUGAACGCCAUGCAGCCUGGUAUGGCAGCACCGGGCUGUCAAGGGCCAGCGAUGUCGGGGUGGUCACAAUCAGCAAUGGUCGAGAGCGGCAGCGGUCGUGGACGCUCCUUCUACCCACCCCCCAAAAGUCGACGCUUGGCCGCGCCGGCUGCGGUCCCGGCCCCAUCGGCCAGCCGCUGGAGUCGCUUGGGGAAGGUGCAGGGGCAGGAGACGCCCCAGAAACUGCGAAGGGAAAGCUCCUGCAGCGUGUCCUCCGAUGGCUGGGCCGCUGGCUUGAGAUCUUGCGCCUCCGAACCAUCUGAUCUCAGCAGUAGUGGCAAGGGCAAGGGCAAGGGGAAAGGAAAAGUGGCCAAAGGUUGGCACCGUCCACCCAGUCCACCCAGUCCACCCAGUCCACCCAGCACCGGCCACGUCGCGGAUUCUGCGGAUUCCUCAUCCUCGGAGAAGGACGUGACGUCGCUGUCGAAAUUGGUGACCACAUCUCUGGAAGUUCCUUUGAGUUUCCUGAGAUCAUCCUGGAAAUCUGCGGUGUCUGAAGCGUCAACUGCCCGCAUCGAAGUGGACGCCAGUCGCCGCGAAGGCUUUGGGAGACUCAUUAUGGUGGGUAGCUGGAGGCAAAGUUUGUUGGCCUACCAGUGCCUCAUGAAACUUUUUGGUCAAGCGCGCUUGAAGGAUCAGACCGAUGCCCCCAAGAUCCGGAUGCCGGUGAAUCAACCGGUGCCGAACUUCGGCCCGCCGGGCCCACGUGUUUGGAGGGGCAAGCUGACGAUGCUAUUCGAGGUUAUGGGUGACCCAAAGCAAGGUAUGCCAGGCUUCUCUGACAAUAUCUUCCCUGGAGGAUACCCGCCACAACAGGAUGGCAUCAAUCGCUUUGGUCUCGGUGCUGAGGCCCCCAUGCAGGCAAACAUGGAAAGGCAGGACCAGCCCAGCGACCCGCGGGAGAACAAGUUUGUCUACUCUGUGAAGAACACCUUUUUGCACGUCGAGGAUUCCGAGGAAGAGCAGGAAGACCUGAGCGGUGCUUCGCAGCCCUGGCUCUCCGAGGCAUCGCUUGGUCCGCCUCUGCAGUUCUUGCCCAAGGAUAUUGAGCUCAAUGAGCUUCAAGCUUUCCGUGCGGAUUAUAUGAAGUUUCGAGCUGGCCAGGCCACAGGAGCUCGGGGAGAAAUCCAAGAUGUACCAGAGGUGCCACUGGCGUCCGAGUCCACUGUGGGCGCCCUUGAUUUGCAGACGCCUGCUGCCGCCGUGUCGGGCGCACCCAAGGGGAUGGGAUGGAUUGGCUUAGAUCUUCAGGAAGAAGUGUAG